CUCCCCCGUGACGUGCUUGGCCGAGGCCGCGCAAGGGCGCUGUAGCUGCCAGUGCCGCUGUCAUGGCGUCCGUGGCGCUGUCUGAGGAGAACCCACCGCGGUUUCUUUAGAGCAAGGGGCGGGCAGCUGGGUAUGGAGAGCGGCCCCGAAAGCCUGCAGCCGGUAGAACAUGGGGUGGCCACCGGGCCAGUGCCAGAGACAGGUUCUCCACAGGAAGGGCGACAGGACACCAGGCUUUCCGCUGGGGAUGGUCCUGGAGUAUGGGCGGCGGAGAGCAGCGGCGGGAAUGGGCAGGGGGCGGUGGCCGCCGGGAGGAGCCUCUCGGACUCGGUUUCUCCCUCCGGCUCUCCUCCGGUCCUUGUACCCUGCAGCUCCCUCCCGAGCGUGGACUUGAAGGAGAGCGAUUUGGAGAGUCCUGCUGCUCAGAAGGCGCCUCUGAGAGGGCAGCACAAGGUGACCGCCUCCCCAGAGAUUGCCGAGGCCGGAGCCGGCCAUGGGUUGGGUCCGGCCGGAGACGCGGGCGCCCGCCGGGAUCCCGCAGGCACCUGCGGGGCAGGGUCGACGGCCGCGGGCUUCGAGGAGCCCAGCAGCGGCGGCGGCCUCAGCAGCAGUUGCAGCGACCCGAGUCCUCCUGGGGAAUCGCCGAGCCUGGACUCCCUGGAAUCGUUCUCUAACCUGCAUUCUUUCCCCAGUAGCUCCGAGUUUAAUAGUGAGGAAGGAGCUGAGAACAGGGUCCCCGAGGAGGAGGAGGGCGCGGCGGUGUUGCCGGGGGCUGUGCCUCUGUGCCGGGAGGAGGAGGAGGAGGAGGAGGGGGGGGAGGCGGCUCAGGUGCUGGCGGCCUCCAAGGAACGCUUCCCGGGACAGUCUGUCUAUCACAUCAAGUGGAUCCAGUGGAAGGAGGAGAACACACCCAUCAUCACCCAGAAUGAGAAUGGCCCCUGCCCUUUGCUGGCCAUCCUCAAUGUUUUGCUUCUGGCCUGGAAGGUGAAACUUCCACCGAUGAUGGAAAUCAUAACUGCUGAACAGCUGAUGGAAUAUUUAGGCGAUUACAUGCUUGAUACAAAGCCAAAAGAAAUUUCAGAAAUUCAACGUUUAAACUAUGAGCAGAAUAUGAGCGAUGCUAUGGCAGUAUUACACAAACUACAGACCGGCUUGGAUGUAAAUGUAAAAUUCACUGGUGUUCGAGUGUUUGAAUAUACACCAGAAUGCAUAGUAUUUGAUCUUCUUGAUAUUCCUUUGUACCAUGGAUGGUUAGUGGACCCUCAGAUUGCUGACAUUGUAAGAGCUGUUGGUAACUGCAGCUACAACCAACUAGUGGAGAAGAUCAUCUCUUGUAAGCAGUCAGACAAUAGUGAGCUGGUUAGUGAAGGCUUUGUAGCUGAGCAAUUUCUAAAUAACACAGCCACUCAACUGACAUACCAUGGAUUAUGUGAACUAACUUCAACGGUUCAGGAAGGAGAACUUUGUGUGUUCUUUCGGAAUAAUCAUUUUAGCACCAUGACCAAAUACAAGGGUCUACUGUAUUUGUUGGUAACAGACCAGGGGUUUCUCACUGAAGAAAAAGUUGUUUGGGAAAGCCUACACAAUGUUGAUGGUGAUGGAAAUUUCUGUGACUCAGAAUUUCAUCUACGGCCUCCUUCAGAUCCUGAAACCGUAUACAGAGGUCAACAAGAUCAGAUAGAUCAGGACUAUCUUAUGGCAUUAUCUCUACAACAAGAACAGCAGAGCCAAGAGAUCAAUUGGGAACAAAUACCUGAAGGAAUCAGUGAUUUGGAACUAGCAAAGAAACUCCAAGAAGAAGAAGAUAGACGAGCUUCUCAAUAUUAUCAGGAACAGGAACAAGCAGCAGCUGCUGCUUCUGUUUCUGCUUCUGUUUCUGCUUCUGCUUCUGCUUCUGCUUCUACUUCUGCUUCUGCACAGGCCCAGCAGAGCCAACCAGCACAAGCCUCUCCAUCAAGUGGCAGACAAUCUGGGAAUAGUGAACGUAAACGAAAGGAACCUCGAGAAAAAGAUAAAGAAAAAGAAAAGGAAAAAAAUAGCUGUGUAAUUUUGUAACAAAUAUUGGAUUCUGUUGGAACCAUCUAUAUGUCUUCAGAAACAAAACCACAGGAGGAAAGGAAGAAAAAUUGAUAAAUACCGUCUGUGCCUGAUUUCCUAAUGGAUUUUGUUCAUGUUUUUCAGGGGAAAGGUUGUUACUUAGUUACAAUCAGACUUUUUCCAAGUCACACAGUACAUUCUUUAUGAGUUGGAGUUUUAUGUUACAAGUUGGAAAUGCUGUGUGUUGUCAUUAAUGAAAAAUAAUGCACUUGUAGCCAAAUAAGCAAAUCACAGCAAAUUUUGUGUCAUAGUGACAUUCAUAACUCAUAUCAGUUAGUAAGCUAUUUUAUCUUCUGUUCUAACAAUGAAUAGAGGUAUUGAUUUUGUCUGAUUCCUUCCUCAAAUCUAAAUAUUAGCACAAUAGUUUCUGAAAUUAAUUUUUCAAUGUUAAAGUAUGAUCUCAUACAUGAGAAACCAGAGGUUUAAUAUAGAGAUUUAAAAAGAAAAAAAAAGAGAGAGAGAGAGACAAAGAUAACAAGAAUAUAAAUAACCCUCAGUUGUAUAUUGGACUAGUUCAGCCCUUGAACAGCUUUACCUUUAGGAAUGUAAAUUUUAGAUAUAUCUUGAGAACUGAUUAUGGAGCUUGGAUUUAAUUUAGAUAGAAACGAUAAAGAUUUGUAUUUCUUUUCCAUUAGCAAAAAAAUACAUAACACUAAUACUCAUAUCUUAUCAAAAUUAGAUCGUAAUGACUUUGUAGUAUUGUAAAAUUUUGAGGAAUUUUGAAAUCUUUAAUCUAGGUUACUUGGACCACUUGUUACUAUUUAUUGACAAUGUGAUGAGUGAGUAUAAGGAGGAAACAAACCACAGUGGAUGCUGGGCCUUGUAAAUAUGGAGAUGUAGAAAAGGAGAUUGUCUACCUUUUUCUAGAAUUACCUUGAACCUUAAAAUUUAAAUCAUGUUUAUUUUCUAGAAAAUUAAGUAUACUUAUUAAUACCAACAAAAAAGCACAUUUCUGAAAGGAUAUUAGAGAUAAUCUCUGAGUCUAGUGGAAAAGCAUUUUAAAAAUUUCUUUGAGGAUAAAAAUUAGAAGGAAUUUAUGUAAAAAAACAAUCAGAUUUUUUUUAACUUAUGAGAACCAAAUAAACCUAUAACAUCAUGUAGUGUUUAUAGGAUUCAGAAAGAAUAUUUAUUGAACUUUAUUAUGAGGCAACACAUAUUUUCCUGUAUUUCUGUCAUUUGGAAAACUACCCUUAAUAGGCCUUUUUAUAUGCUUUAUAUUUAAAAGUUUGUUUUAGUCAUUUUUUGAUAAGACUGUUGCUGCUGCAAGUAGUUAUGUGAUUACAUUCUAAGCCUCAGUAAAUUUGUUUAUUCAAGAGAAUCUUUAUCUAACCUGAGCAUCCAGGUCUGGGAUGACAAAAGACUAAAAAAAAAAAAAAAUGUUGUCUCGAUUUCUUAAGCUAUGUCCUUAACAUUCUCCAUGUUAUAUAACUCCAAGACCAGUGAUAGGAUAAAUCUAUAUGUAAAAAGUAAAAGUCUUAUUUAUGGAAGAAAUUAUUCUAAGAGAAAUAUUCAGGGUCAAGCUGUAUCCUUUAUGUCCUCCUCUAUUACAUGUCUGUUUAUGUUAUAUCAUUUGUUAUUCCUUUAAAUUUUGUAUGAUAGCAUGAUAAAUCACCAGAGAACCUUUUUGGGGUAUAAAUCUUUCAUAUAAAAUAUUUGGUACUCACCAAAUAUUAUCAGUACUCUUGAUAAUAACCCAGAAUAUGCAUAUGUUGCUAAAGUAAUCAAAUGUACUACAGAAUUCUCUAUUGGCUCAAACAAGUUGACCUUAGUCCAAGUUUAUUCUUGAAAUCACUCUAUUGGUUGAGGCAAGAAACUCAAACCUCAGGGUUUGUUUUUCCCAGAACAGAUAAUAGCUAUAGUAUACUAUAUUUUAUCAAGAAAAAACAAUAAAUCUUGAGAAAUUUUUAAAACCAUAUUUGAAACAUUUUUUCAUAAUUAUAUACUUACCUAUUUAUUGCCCUUGAAAAAUAUGUGUAGAAGUUAUUUUUCUGUUAGUUGUUACUGCUUUCUUAAUUUGUUCCAAAGAUAACACUGCCAUUCUGCAUUCCCAUUAGAAGAGACAAAACUCAAAACCAGCAAUGCUACUAUCAGAUAAGUAGAUAUCAAUGUAUACUUAUAAGAAAUAACUAAGAAAUGUAAUGUGUUUGUUAAUUCAGCCUUUUUCUAUGUAAUAUUUCCAAGUCAGACUUUCUUACAUUCCUAGAAUUCAGUUUGAUAUACCAAGCGUAAUAAUGAUAAAAUGUUUGCUUUGAAUACUGUGGGGGAAAAAUUAAAUGUUCAAUUCUAUUUUUUAAAAAAUCUCAGAGAUACUGGUUUCCCAUCCUUGAAGGUUAUAAAGAAUUUAGAGCUAUUAUGUCUUUAUUUUCUUAUAUUUGUUCAAGGCAACAAAUUACAUAUUCAGAUAUUUCUUUGUUGGUUUGAGUACAUUGAAAUUUGAUAGUGGUAUAUUAAAGCCUUUCCUUCCCAGUAUUUUGUAAUGCUUGAAAAUUAUUAAAUGUACACUGCUAGCAGAAAUUAGUUCUUAAACCAUUUUUUAAGAUUUAUAGGCUAGAUUAGGGGCACAUUUGCAUCAACCAGUCACUAUUAGAGCUAGCAAAAGAGGCAGAUGAAUGAAUGGAUAUAGUCAUUGCACCUUCUUGUACUUUCAAAGCCUAUUCCUUAAAGUUAGUAACCAGUCUGCUGAUUACUAUAAUAUGGAAAAUUAUAAUUAAUAAUACAAAAAUUUUCUUAAUGUCUAAUACUAUUGAAUUGAUAAUGCUGUGAUUUAUAAUAGGUUAUCAAUACUUAAAAAUACAUCUGUGUGUGUGUGGUGUGUGUGUGUGUGUGUGUUUCCGAAGCACAGAUCCAUGACUUCUAUUAGGUUUUCAAAGAAAUCUGGCAACUCUCCCUCAAAUUAAGAAUCACCAUUCUAGGAACACAUACACCCAGCUAUUUGAGGCAGCUAAAAUUGGCAUUGGCUGCUUCCUACAGCAUGGUGGUUCAAUGUGUAUAGGUAAAGUAACGUAUAAAUGUUUCAAGGUUUAAAGUUGGUAAUUGAAUGACACAUAGAUUUAAGUAUAUAAUUAAGCUCUGGGGUUUUUUGUCUCACAUUUCUAUUUAUUAUUUGACUAUUUAUCCCAUAUUAUAUUUUGAAUUCUUCCUGAGACUUCUUGAUCUUAUCUUAAUUAAGCAAGUUACUAUCAGAGAUUAGUUAACUGAAUACAACAUUAACCAUUUUUUACUUUCACAAAACCUUAACAUUUUGUUUUCAAUGAAUCACCAACUCUGUUCACUAAGAGACAGAGAUCUGGAGAGGAAAGAGGACUAGAAGUCAAAUAGAUAUUUAAGGAAAGAAUUAUAUUAAUGUUGGCAUAUAAAUCAGGUAUUUGUAAAAUCCUGCUGGAGAGAAAUAUCAAGGCAAGAAUUUCUAGAACUGUCCUAAAUCUCAUUUAUUUAAAGAAAAAAUUUUUUAGAGCAAAAAGCAAAUCGAUUGCAUUUCACUUAACUUUCCUAUUCAGUGUAGUUAUUUAAAAACAUGUGGUGCAGUGGGUUAAGGAUGCAGCCUUGUCACUGCAGUGGCUCAGGUCACUGCUGUGGCGCUAGUUCUGUUCCUGGCCCAGGAACAUCCACAUGCCCCAGGUACAGCCUAAAUAAAUAAAUAAAUAAAUAAAAAUAUGAGGGAAAGCCUAUCGCUUUUACCUAUCACAGAAUACUUGGGCAUAAAUUUAAACUAUGAUAGUAAAUUUAUGAAUAUUUGAUAAAAAGAUGGAGGCAUUAAAGAUGAUAUAUUACUUGUAUUUUAAUGAAUAAGAAAUAUGAAAUUCUUAAUCAUUUUGUCUAAAAACCUGGCUUUUAUCUUGCCAUGGGCAAACUUUCUGUGCCUCAAUUUACUCUUAAAUAUCCAAAGGAUUCUCAUUGUUAGUGCUUUACAUUUUGAAUAAUGGGCAUAGUAUAUAAGCACAGACUAUUACUGAAAUAAUCAUUAAAUAUUACACAUCUUUGAACUUAAAUGUGUAGGUUUUUUUCCCCAAUGACAAUAUUUCUAAAGCCAGUUAUUUUUUAAUGCUUUCAAAGUUUAUUAAAUUAUUCUCUUUGAGUAUGGCGUCAUUUCUUCCCAAAUUGUAUUUUACAAUUGCUCUUGUGUUCUGUGGGCAAGAGGAUCAAAACCAAGAAUGUUUUGGGAGAAUAAAAGCAUUAAAAAUGA